AUGGUCGUCUACGUCGUCCACGGAUUUCGCUGGCCCCGAGUGGGCACAUUGAAUGCACCGGGAAUCUGUGCGCACAUCGUUUCUUACAACCUCCUCGACGCAGCGGCCGAAUAUCUCCAAGAGCCAGCGACAUGUCGUGCCAUUCUCCAAUCUUUCAGGCGCAUCGAUCCCAACAUUCCGUAUCACCUGCCGGACUUGCGUAUCAUAGAGCAAUACGAUCCCGACGACAUUGGUGAUACUGCGUUGAGACAACCAUACGCAUUUGUUGCUGCUAAGGUGAUUACUAUGCCGGACGAAGGACGACCCGGCCAAAUGCUGAGUUUGAAUAUCGGCGAGAUUAUCGAGAAGGGACCCGAGCUUUCUCCUGGGGGCCCGGAGGCAUUGAGGAGGUUAAGGGACUUUUUGGCGCCGGAAGAGAAUAUCGGGUGGUGGGUAGUAUAUAAUGGGGAUCCGGAGAGAGCGUUCCCGAAGUCUGAUGAAGGCGAUAGUGCAACCGAGGAUGAUAGUGUAGAGCAAGAAGAUAGCGAAAGGGAUGAUGAAUCUAAAGAAGAAACUGGAUCAUGA